AUGGCUGAAAUCCGCCGCAAGCUCGUCAUCGUGGGCGAUGGUGCCUGCGGUAAGACUUGUCUUUUGAUUGUCUUCUCCAAGGGUACCUUCCCUGAGGUGUACGUCCCUACUGUGUUCGAGAAUUACGUCGCCGACGUAGAGGUCGAUGGCAAGCACGUCGAGCUUGCCCUUUGGGAUACGGCUGGUCAGGAAGAUUACGACCGUCUCCGUCCCCUCUCAUACCCUGACUCCCAUGUCAUCCUGAUCUGUUUCGCGGUUGACUCUCCCGACUCCCUCGACAACGUCCAGGAGAAGUGGAUCUCUGAAGUCCUUCACUUCUGCCAGGGACUUCCCAUCAUCCUCGUUGGCUGCAAGAUGGAUCUGCGCCAUGACCCCAAGACCAUUGAGGAGCUUCACAAGACCUCCCAGAAGCCGGUUACCCCUGAGCAGGGUGAGGAGGUUCGCAAGAAGAUCGGUGCUUACAAGUACCUUGAGUGCUCUGCGCGCACCAACGAGGGUGUCCGCGAGGUCUUUGAGGCUGCCACCCGGGCUGCCCUAUUGACCAAGACCCACAAGAGCAAGAAGAAGUGCACCAUCCUGUAA